GUGCGUAGCUCCACCAUCUUGUCGUUGUGAAUAUGACGAUGCAAGUCGGGCAAGGAACACACGAUUUGUCGUACCGAGCUUCACGUCCGCAGCGUCCUUCACAGCGAAAGAAAUUUUGGCGGAGUACCCUUCGAAAAGUUAAUGUGGGGCAGGUUUCUUAUCAGCGAUAAGGCUGAAGUGGCCAAUCAGACCCUAGAAAGUCAAAUUUGCUGGGGCCUUGUCUUCCGACUUUCAAGUUGCCGCCAUCGCCCUUCAAAGUUAAAGAACUGAAACUUGCGCCGUCACUACCACCAAACUUGCACCACCGUCUCGCCAGAAACUGGUCGCUCAUCUGCCGCGAACAUCGCCAUCCCGCCAAACAACUUUUAUCAGUCGUUCGACUCGCCAACAAAAUGAUUAUUCCAAUCCGGUGCUUUUCGUGCGGCAAGGUGGUGGGCGAUCUCUGGGAGAGAUACCUGCAGCUGAUCGAUGGCGAGGAGAUCACCGACGGUGAUGCUCUGGAUCAGCUCGGCCUCAAGCGCUACUGCUGCCGUCGCAUGGUCAUGACCCACGUCGACCUCAUCGAGAAGCUUCUCAAGUACACUCCCGAUGGCCGCAACGUCAAGAAGAUCGAGAUGCAGACUCGCAACGAGGAACAGGGGAUGUAAUACGCCCGAGCGCUCCAAGAAUUCAUUAUUAACCAUCCGGUCAAGCCGACUACUUUAUCACCCGGCAAGAGAAAACUGCAUAAUCAUUAAGGCGUUUGGGAGUAUCACCACAACUGUGUUGGACGGGGGAUAGAAGCGACCCUGAUCUCACUUUCAGGAGGCGGAAAGCAAGAAUUUGAUUUGGUUGUGCUUUUUUGGUUGGAACUUGCGGCGUCAAGGUGCAUUUGGGACAAUUUGUCUUCUGGUUUUGCAACUGCAGUUGAGAAGUUGUGAUGCUACAGGCAUCGUCUACAGCCGGUACCUGCCUCUUGCUCGUGUGGCU